AGUGGAAAUAAUCAUGCAAAACUCUGAAUGUUCACCUCAGACACUGUCUGGAUGACAGGCUAGUGGAAUUUCAGCUUCAAUGGGCUUGAAUCAGUUUCCAGGCAAAGAAGCAGAGAUAAAGGAGGAAGGGGUUUAAAAAGCUUGGUUUGGGAGUCUGUCAAACUUUUCUUCUGCAGCAGUUCCUACGAGAAAAGGAUCAGCAAUGAGUUUGGCCUCCGACAUUCUGUAAGCUGUAUUGCUCAGACGUGCCUUCUGGACUCAGACAGAUAAAUCCAGGCCCAGUCAGAAUGAAGACUGUGAUCUUCCUCCUUUAUUUCGCGGGGUCAGCAGUAGCCAUCCCGUCUUACUCUUUAAUGUACAAACUUGGAAUCCGAGGACUAAAGAACGCAGAUAAGUCAAAUUUCAGGUUCCUACAAGACAAUUACCAGCCAACAGCUGUUCCCCGGGUACAACAUACUGAGAAGACAUGGACAGAGAAGCUGAACAAGACUUCCAAAUCAUGGGAUGGCAUGCAGCUUCCAAAACCAGCUGCCAACUUUUCAGAAGGCCGGUUGGAGCCCAAUCAUAGCCAACUACAGGUACACAAUACUUCCUUGGGAGAUCUCAAGGCAAAAAAUGCUGAUGCUGAAGAGCCUGGAAACCAUCAAGAGGACCCAGUCAAGGUACUAAGGGAUGAUGAUCUCCAAGAAGUACUUGAAGAAGUCAAUUCUGUAACCAGUUCGAAAGUAAACAGCAGGGAUCGCUCAAAAAACAGAAGUCGGGGAAGUAAUAAUAUUUUGAUACAGCACAGUGGUCCACCUGCAGCAUCCAACAACAUGGAAACAGAUACUGGAGAUGAUGCUAGCCUGCUCCACUCUAAUCAAGGGCACUAUCAGGUUAAGCGAAGAGAUAUAGUUGACUAUUACCAAGACAACCAAGAGGAUCCAGGCAUGGAGUUGCAUAAGGGAUGGGAGGAAGAUGGGUGGAAAUACAACAAAAAUGCAAUUGAGAUGUUUGCAAGAAGUAAAGUGACAGAACAGAUUGUGAUGGAGGAGGAAGCAGAAGACGUGGAGGAGGAACAAGAGGGGGAAGAGGCAGAAGCAUGGGGUGGGAUUAAUUACCGAGGCAGAAGACAAACAGCCCAGUUUAACAUUCCAGAAGAUCUCCACAGCAGUGACCACAAGGACAACCAAUAUGGUGACACUCCAAGACACUCCAGUCAGCCCCUCUAUGUAGCCACAGGACAGGAUAAGGAUGAUGAACAAACAGAAGGGAAUGAUCACAGCACACCGGCAGAACUCCCUAAAGGAGGGCAGUUGAACAAUUCAAGAACGAUGGAUGAAAAUAAUCCAGAUGCUGAAUGGCUGAGAGUGGGUGAUGAACAUAGUUUCCAAAACAGUAACCAGAAUUCUAGUGAUCACAAGGAUCAGGCGACAAGGGGAAGACCCCAAGGAGCUGCUGGUUUGAUGGCCAUUGGAGCUGGUAGCCAAAUUCAAAAGCAGGGUAAGUCAAAAAAUGAUUUCCGGAUGGGCAAUGAGGAACACGAUGACUCCUUCAGACGUCGGCAAGAAGCAAUGUACCAAGAGGGCGAAAGAAUACAAAGUAAUGGGCAAGGAAGUAUUAACCAGGAGGAACAACCAGGAGAAGAGAUUAAAAGAGGUGGAAAUAUUGCCCCAAGUGGGACUGUGGACCCCAAAACCAACAUUAAAGGAUUGAUUUCCACUGAGCCUGAUUAUAACAAGGAUGAUGAGUUGGUUGGUUCAGACAACAAAGAGCACAACACAUCAAGAAGCCUUAAGCUGAAGACAGAUGAAUCAGAAAACAGUACUACUGAAGUGACUUUGAGUGGGCUGAGGUGUAUAGGCUCCUUCUUUAAUAGUAUUUUUACCUGCUUCUUUUUACUUAUGCUUUGGAAGAUAAAAACUACAGACAAGCCCUACAGUGAUGGGAAAUCAUAUGAAGAAAGUACGAAGGCCUCCAUUCCAGAUCCUUGCAGAGAUUUCUAUUGUAAGACUGGGAAAGUCUGCCAGGCAGAUGAAGAAGGAAAACUCAGCUGUGUUUGCCAAGAUCCUGCGACUUGUCCUUCCACGAGAAAUUAUGUUUGUGGUACGGAUAAUAAGACGUAUGAGGACACGUGUCAGCUGUUCGGCACGAAGUGUCAUCUCGAAGGGACAAAAGUGGGACAUCAGCUGCACCUGGAUUACAUGGGAGCCUGCAAAUACAUUCCUCCUUGUACUGACUAUGAAGUGGAGCAGUUUCCUGUCCGGAUGAGAGACUGGCUCAAGAACGUCCUCAUGCAGUUUUACAAACAGGAUCAGAAGAAAGGUGGAUUUCUUACAGACAAGCAGAGAAACAAAAUAAAAAAGAUUUACUUGGAUGAAAAGCGGCUGCCGGCCGGUGACCAUCCCACUGAAAUUCUGCUACGUGACUUUGAGAAAAACUACCGCACAUACACAUAUCCCAUUCAUUGGCACUUUAACCGGCUAGAUCAGCAUCCCACAGACAGAAAGCUAACACACUCCGAGCUUGCUCCUUUGCGUGCCUCUCUUGUUCCCAUGAAGCACUGCGUAACUCGCUUCUUCCAAAGGUGCGACAGUGACAAAGACAAACAUAUCUCUCUGCAGGAGUGGUGCCACUGCUUUGGAAUUAAGGAAGAAGACGUAGAUGAGAACCUUCUGUUCUGAACAGGCUGGACGACAUAACAACAACAUCCUGCAGAAGCAUUUUUGAAGGCAACCUCUGAACAGGAUAUCAGUAGUUAAAAUGCUAUUUUAGUGGAUGAACUAACAGUUCCAUCCUAAGCAGAGUUACACACAGUUACACCCCUUGACUUCAAUGGAUUU